UAUAUACGGGUUUUUUUGUAUUGGAGGGAGCGGUAUGGAGGCACAACGUUUUUUGUGCCAUUUUUGCCUUUAUUGGAAAGUACAAUGGGAGAAAGACACGAAAUACAAGAACAAAAGAGCAGGAGGGUGACAUAUAGUGAAGGUCGAGCUGGUAAUCAAACUGAGAACUUUGGGGAAUCCACCUAAACAGCUAAAAGUGGAAAAAUUGUUGAAAUUUCCGUUGUGAAAACCAGCGAUAUCUCAUAUGUUCAUCUCAAACAGACAUCCCCUGCGCCGCAACACUGUGACACUUCACAAAUGCUUUGUCUACAUGUGAUUAACAUUAAAAAACACCAUUAAUUUAUUGCUUCUCAAAAGACAAAAAGAAGGGAAGGAGAGCUACACAGGUAAGCCCCUUGAAACAUAAAGCUAAAUACUGAGCUAUCUGUUCCAUCAAGCAUGAUGAAAAAUUAAUUAGAGACAGCAGCUGGGUGAGCAUGACCUAAUCCUGUCUGUUUGUUACUGUCACCCUGCACACAGGCCUCCGCCUCAGCACAGAGAGAUGGUCAUUCAGAGCACACCGGACUCUCUCUCAUUCAUCCUUGUAAUAGCGGUGAAAUGGAUGUUGAAGAUAAUGUUGCAAUCUUACCCGCAUGCUUAACAGAACCAUAUAGAUGAUAAUGUAACAUGAAAUAAACUUGAGUACUUUAAAAGGAGAAACAAAGCCACACACACACACACACACACACACAUAAACCACACCUGAUGAAAAUAGGAAAAUCCCCUCCACAGCUAAGACACGCUUUUUGGCGUCUCUGACAUGUUUAAUAGUCUUUGAGAAGGUCCCAGGUUGCGUGCCAGUAAAACAACUUUUCAAAAAACUAAAGGAGAAACAUUUCUACACUGUGCAGCACCACGUGUUUGCAACAGUGGGCUGAAUCAAACUAAUCCCGACAGACCAGUCAUGGCUGAUUAGUUUCCCCGAUAGAUAAAAACAAAACAUACUUUCAGCGAGUAUUUAACAUUAAUUCCUCUGCCCACUGUUGACCAUGUUGGGGUAUUUUCUCCCGACAGACUUCAAUAGACCAGAAAUUAUCCUGGAACCAACAAAUAUUGAGCAAGCACUUAGGGCAAAAAACAAAAAGUCCCAAACACAAUUCAACAGUGUCCCAAAUCCAGAGAUUUAAUAGCUCCCACUCAGAGCUCAAUGCAGCUACAGCCACACAAGAUUUGUAUUUCUGUUUGGUCUUUAAUCUGUGUUUGGGACUGUGUUUAUGUGUGCGUGCCUGCACAUGAACAAGCAAACACACAGGUCCCCCAGACUUUCAGAAAAUUCUAAACUGAUGUAGUGAGAUCAAAAUUUUGCUGCAGGAUAAUAUUAAAUGUGCUGUAGUACUGCUUUAUGUAGUUACUAAUGGAAACAAUAACCCAGUACUGAGUCAGUAACAGGACUUGUAAUAACAACGUGUGAACCCAUUCUUAGGAAUCUGGGCCUUUGCAUUGUUUGUACAUACUGUUCCACUGUACCAUGGCGGCCCUGAUUGGAAACGUUGAUAAACUGCUCAUGAACACAAAUAAAAACUUCAAAAGAGGAUAUUUGAAGGGUCUCGAAUUGAAAGAACUUGAUAUGAAAGACUCACUGUUGUCCAGCGUCAUAGAUGUGACGCAUGGUCAAACUAAAAAGUCUGUUUCACUCAAUGCAGCCGGCCAGGACACUGCGCUGUGGGACACUGUCACCGGUCCUCGGCCCUCCUCCUGCUCGACACCUACCCAUCAGUCGUCCCGGGCUGAAGUGAUGGUCCAUAGUUGCCUGAGGGAUCAGAGUGGUGCUGUUUCUCCACCCAGCCUGAACCUCUCCAGCUGCUACACAGCAAUGCCUGAUGACAACUUACUCCAUGUGGACGGCCAAGCGGGUGUGGACCCAGAAACAAUGCCUGCAAACACUGCAGCUUUCCCACCACUGGUGGCUGAUGACACCAGAGCGGCCGGCCACCCCACCAUGAAGCCAAAUAAACGGACCUCAUCCCGGCGUAGGAUGCUACAGUUACAGCAUUCUCCUCUCUGGGCACAAAACUGCUGGACGUUCUUGUGGACUGUGUUGCUAUUUAAUGCAAUGGGCUGCAUCCAGAGUAUCAGAUGUAAGCCCAAGAGUUUCCGAGACAGCAUCGUCAUCCUGGAGCUGAACGCUACCAUCGACUCCAAUCCCACCAGCAUCGACGAGACAUCCGGCGUGGUCUUGCGCUACCGGACGCCUCACUUUCGAGCGAACGCCCGAAUACUGGUGCCACCAGUAGCAGCUAAGGAGACGUGGACCAUCGGCUGGAUCCAAGCCUGCAACCACAUGGAGUUCUUUAACACGUAUGGGGACAAAGGAAUGUCAAGUUGGGAACUCCCUGAUCUGCGUGACGGCAAGAUCCAGGCCAUCAGCGACUCAGACGGCGUCAACUACCCGUGGUACGGAAACACUACUGAAACCUGCACCGUCAUAGGCCCCACCAAGAAGGACAGCAAAUUCGUUGUCAGUAUGAAUGACAAUUUUUACCCCAGCGUGACCUGGGGAGUGCCCGUCAGCGACAGCAACGUGCCUCAGCUCAGCAGCAUCUUCCGCGACCAGAGCUUCACGACUUGGCUCGUGGCCAUCAAUCAGGCCACCUCAGAGACGCUGGUCCUGCAGACGAUCCGCUGGAGGAUGCGGCUUGACAUAAAAGUGGACCCUGAGAAGCCGCUGGGUCAAAGGGCCGUUCUGAAAGAGCCCGUGGCCCAGGAACAGCCACAGAUUCUGGGAAAGAAUGAGCCCAUCCCCCCCAACGCCAUGGUCAAGCCCAAUGCCAACGACGCCCAGGUGCUGAUGUGGCGGCCAAAGACUGGUGACCCUGUGGUGGUCAUCCCACCUAAAUACUGACCUGUGUUCCCUCUGACUUUCACUGACUGGCCUUGGAUACCUUAACAGUAUCAUUUUCUUUGGUUUCUUUCUUUUACUCCUGCUCCUCACCAGCUCUCACUGCUUUAACUCUUCUUUUUUUCUGUCUCUAUAUUCUCUCAUGUUUGAAAAUGAAACCAGCUCUCAGAAAACAAAACAAAAGACCAGCUGUUGCUUUGAGGUACGGGCUUGAAAACUUUCUAAAGGCACUUUUGAAACCGGAGAAAAUGCAACUAUUCUACCUUCAGACUUGGUCGGGUCUCACUGUGCUAAACUGCAAAAACGAAAGAGAGCAUUUUGGGGUUUUUUACAGUACUGUAUAAUUGUUUGAGCCAACCGACGUAGGGUUUGGGAGUCCAGGGCGGAUUCAAGUAUUUCCAUGACCGUGCGCGUGCAAGUGGAUAUGCACAGAGGUCAUGAACGAGCAUCAGUUGUGUUUUUGUUUUUGUUUUUUAAUUUAUGGGCUGGAAGACAAGCGUAUUUAAUUGUAUUUGAUGUUAUUGCUGUGUUCUCUACAUGACAAAUUGCAUUGGGUGACAUGCUAGAUUUUAGUACUUUUUAAAGAAAAAAAAACCAUGCAAGACAUUCAAUCCAUGCUGCCUUACAUUGACAUUGCUUUCCACUGCGAACUUCUUAGCCUUAAACAAAGUGCAAUGCAGUAUGUGGUAAACUCAUGCCCGUUCCUUCCAGACUGUUGGCGCUGGCACGUGUGGGUUUAGGACAGGAACCACAGCACAGAGGAAAAACUCGGGUCUCAGAUCUUGGCUUGUGGGUUUCAUUUACCUGCUGAAUCUAUUGUCUUAACAAAUGCAACUGGCAUUAUGCGCAGACACAGUUACACAACUGAGCUAACUAGCUGAGCUGUGUUUCAAGUGCUUUAUGCAACAGGGGAGAUGCUCUGUGCAGAUGGACAUACAGAGAGGCGAGUCUCAUCAGCAGCAAACACACAUAAACACAAAAUAAACAUGCAAUAACAACUUGAGCAUAAAAAACUCCACAGCUGACCUCAUUUCACUUAUUUUGCUCAAACCUUUACUAUUUUAGCUCAGUAGCAGAAAACAAGUUCUCUUUUCGCGAUAUUACACCAUCUCAGGGCCCCUUUUACUUCCUUCCCUUCUCAAAUCUUUUUUUUCCACCCAUCCUGUCUCGCCUCCUCCUUAUCACAUUGCUCACAUUGAGCAAUCAAUAUCUGUUAUAAAUAAGAAGGGAAAUAACUUUUAAUAAGUGGUCGAUGAAAACAGCAGUCUGUCUUUUAUUUUUUUCUCCUGCAAUCUUUUUGUCAUCUCACGGGUAUCGCGUUUUUAUUGCUGCUGCCAUUAAUUUGCCUUCCAUCUAAUUUAAUCCAAUCAUUUGUCUUCUAUGUUAACAGACUUUUCUGUUUGUUUUUUCCCCCCGUGCUCUCCCUCAAUCACUUCUAAUCUUUAUCUACACCAGUGCUCCUCCUCCCACUCGCUCACUUGUUCACUUCCUCUCUGCCUCUUUUUUUUUUUUUUUCCAAUCUGCUGUCGAGGCUGCAAAAGCAGAGCAGGAGGCAUGCGAGUUUGAUGCUCAGUUGGCAUAUAGAUGACCCACUUCUCCUUAGCUCUCGCUGCAGAAAUGUGGGGCCCGUCUUUUUUUAUUUCACCGCUGGCGCACGAACCCCCCCACACACCCAUAUAAGGAAGUGGCUCUGGUCAGCUAAAGAUCGACGGUCGAUGAAAUGAUGCGUAUUUAAGUGCUAAUCUUUGAGACGGGCUUUGGUGGCGAACUGAAACUGCUUGCAAAAGCGUUAAGAAAGAGGCUGAAUUUGGCAAUAAGGGAGGAGGGGGACGGGGGUCAUUUCCUUAUCAAGGGUAUCCCCCAAAAAAUAUGGGUUGUGUAGACAGUUUUUUACUUCCAGUUCUUCGAAGCAUCUUGCAAUUUCCUUCCGCCCCCUCCACAGUCUCUGUGUGUUCAGCACCAACUAAAGAAAUAAUCUGCAUUCAAGUCUGAUCUGCUCGUGCAUUUCACAAAGGUCACUAGGCUGCUGCUGCUGUUUCAGAGUCCAAGCAUCAUACGGUGUAUACCACCAGACUUGGUCCGGCACAUCAGCUGCUUUCACGUGAGAAAGCAGGCAAACACAAAUGUAAAUAAUCACGAUCUGUUCCACAUAGGAGCGGAGUUUAAUUAAUGUGACGGGUAACAUCUGCGUUUACCCCGAGCAAAGAGCAGGCGGCUGGGUGGAGGGGAGCGGGGGCGGUGGAUGCUGAAUGUGAAGGUGACAACAAAUCGGAUCCAACUUAGAUCUUCGCACCAGCUUAAAAAUAACGCUGGCAUUUUCAGAGAACUUGGAUGUCAAGUUGCUUCAGCUUGUGGCUUGUAGUGAAGGCGAUGCCGCUCAUGCUGCGAACCCAGCGACCUCUCUCGGGCAAUAAGCGGCCCGUCUGCUCCGCGGAAAGCCACGCGAUGACCAAUGGACACCGUGGAUCGUACUCAAGUUGGACUACGUGUAAUGUAAUUAAGUGCUGACACGCAGUCACUGACUUUCAGUGUGUGCGCUUUAAAUCCCGCUGGGAGGAUUUAGGCAAGAUGAGGAGUUUCACUCAUGUGCUUAUGCUGUUGUUGAGUCAUGACCCUCCCUCUGUCUUUCUCUCUCUAUUCACCCAUCUCACUCUCACACAUAUAAGCAGAGGGCAGGGAAGGUUGUGUCCUUGUCAUAAAAUGAGCUCGCCCUCACAAACACACAAAAUCACCCCGAGGCGAAGGGACCGGCCUGGCUUGGUAUCUGUUUGUCACAGCAGUGUCACAUUGGCAGUGAGAACUCAUUUAUCAGCCCGGCACGUGGACCGUCUGAACACAUGCACAAGCCAUAUUCAGCAGCACGCCUGUUUACUAAACAGGAAGUGCUUCCCAGCAUGUAAACAUUGUAUUGUAAUUGUAUUGUAUUAAGAUCAGAGAGAAUUAAAGUACCGAGCUCACCGAGUGGGUGCCUGCCAGCUAUCAACAACAUUUAUAUAAUACUGAAGGCAAAGGGCGCCAAUUGUCUUCUCUGUGUGUGUCUCAAUCUUUUGAGCUUUGUGUAGAUGAAAAUGUGUGUUUUGUGUUUGCGCGGAAACGUCAAAAAUGCUGUAUGUGUUUCCUUGACUAAGCCACAGAACAACAAAACCACACGAUGUUGUACUUUUGCUGUACAAAUGGUGAAAAAACAAAGGUGCCAAAAUUGGACAAAGCCAAAACUAUGCAUUGUUUUUAGAGACAUGUGAACUCAAAAACCUCUUGGCACUUAGUGACAGACCUGUUUCUUUGGUUGUUUUUUAUUGAAUGCAUGCUUGUAUUUCCAGAGAAACACUACGAAUCUAGCCAUGCUAGUAGGGCUGUGCCAAGUGAGUGUUUCCUCUCCUAAACCCACACCCUUUACAGUUCCUGUGAGGGCUGCUAGCUUUGUUUCAUUUCCUUAUUUAGUUAUCUAGUGAACUAAAUUCAAAUUGAGUUCACACUCAGGACCACCUGCCUUCAUUUUCCAGCUUUUACUUUUACCCCACGAAAGUUAGUAUUCCACAGGUGCUGCUCCAUCGUGCUGUUCUCCUCGUGUCAGCGAUUAUAAGUCGUCGUUUUAAAUGUAACCCCCACUUGUAGCCCAAAAGAUAAUAGGAGCAACUAAGUGUGUCCCUCCUUUCUUUUUGGUUUGUUUUCUGGAAAUACAGCACUGAAAUAGUUCAA